GGAAAAGGAAAAAUUCUAUUAAUUAGCUGGGGAGGUGACUACGCACUGCUCCUUUCUCGUGUAAUUUAUAUAAGUUAAGGUCGGCCCACGCGUCCAAACUCCUCUUCCCUCUCUCCCCUUCUACCUUUGCUUUCCUACAUCUGCUUCCAACCUCCCCAUCUUCCUCCCCCUUACCAAGCUCCAACAGCUCUACACCCUUCAAACAUCCUCACAGCCACAAACUUUAACAACGAAAUCUGUCACAAUGGUCGCUCGUGUCCAACACCCUGCUCCUCCUUUCAAGGGAACUGCCGUCGUUGAAGGUGGCUUCGAAGAAAUUUCACUUAAGGAUUAUGAGGGAAAGUGGCUCAUUCUUGGCUUUAUCCCCAUGGCCUGGACUUUUGUUUGCCCGACUGAAAUCAUUGCUUUUUCUGAUGCUGCCAAAUCCUUCGAGGAGCGUGGUGCCUCAAUUGUCUUCGCUUCUGUGGAUUCUGAGUAUAGCUUGCUAGCUUGGUCCAGUACUGAGCGUAAAGACGGAGGUCUCGGAAAUAUCAACAUUCCCUUGUUCAGUGACAAGAACCAUAAGCUUGCUGGGGAUUAUGGAGUUUUGAUCGAAGAGGAAGGAGUUGCCCUCAGGGGUUUGUUCAUUAUCGAUCCCAAGGGAACGAUUAGACAAAUCACUAUCAACGAUCUUCCUGUCGGAAGGUCUGUUGACGAAACCCUUCGCCUUGUCGAUGCUUUCAAGUUCACUGAAAAGUAUGGUGAGGUCUGCCCUGCCAAUUGGAACCAGGGAGGCGAAACUAUCAAGGCCAAUCCUAAGGAAUCGAAGGAGUAUUUCAACAAGGUCCAUGGUUAGGCAUCUGAUCUGACUGGCAGGCGUAGAAUCAUGUUUCAUUGAUUUGUCGGAUAAAAAAAAAAAAGUAUGGAUGGAAGCGGUUGCUGGUACCGCACUAGUCCCCACUCAUGUUAAUAAUUUCCCUUUGAAUCAACUGGUGAUCUGGCGGUCCUUGUGAUUUUUCUCUUUCCCCAUCCUCGAUUUUGUUUUCGAAGAAAGACCCUUUUCACGCUUUGACUGUUUGGGGGCUCCCUUUGGCACUUUCAUUUCCUGGCAGUAAAGAAACUGGGGUGGGGGGAGGUGUGAUAUGAGGUGUUGUUUCUGUAAAGAUAAUCUGAUAACUUCAUACUGUGAAUGCUUG